AUGAUAGCGACGGCCAGUGAGGUUUGUCGACUGAAUGGGCUGGUCACCUUUGCCAGAGGCAAGUUUAAGGCCCGUGUGGUGUUCCACCACGAGCAACAAACGCCACACAGCAUCUGGCGACCACGGGCGUGCACUGUCUGGCCUAGGCCGAGGGCUGUCUAUGCGGCUGGCAGCCGCUCAUUGCGCACUACGCUGUGGACGGCGUCGAUGACACCUAAUUUUGCAUUUAUGUUCCUGAUCGCGACGACUAACGACUUUGACCGGCCGACCGAGGACACACACGUCUUUGAUCUGUUUGCAACGGACACGCUGGGGCAGAUGAGGAAGGCUUGGUCGGUGGAGCGGGUGGAAUGA